AUGGACGUCGCCAUAGAUUUCUUGGACCCUUUGGUAUUCGAUAAAGCGUACGCCUACUUCGUCCCAGCAGCUACCUCCAAUGCCGCCACAUCGUCCAAUUCGAUAUCAGCGUGGCCGCGGGACAGCGUCCUACGACAAUGCAUCUCGAUUCUAGUGAUCACGCAGAUUGGCGCUACAAUGCUGUACUGGGUCUUCAGCGCCCUUUCAUACUACUUCGUCUUCGACCGGCGGCUCGAAUACCACCCGCGCUUCCUCAAGAACCAGGUUCGGCAGGAGAUAGUGUCGUCAAUGAUGGCCGUCCCGUGGAUCAACAUCCUCACCCUCCCAUUCUUCCUGGCCGAGGUGCGCGGCAAGAGCUUUUUAUAUACCAGGGUAGAUGAGUAUGGCUGGGCGUGGUUGGGUGUUUCAGCUAUCUUGUUCAUGAUCUGGAACGACUUCCUCAUCUAUUGGAUUCAUAGACUUGAGCAUCACCCCAGCGUCUACAAGUACAUCCAUAAACCACACCACAAAUGGAUUAUGCCAACUCCAUGGGCGGCUCUCGCCUUCCACCCCCUUGACGGAUAUGUUCAGUCUCUGCCGUACCACGUCUUCGUCUUCGUUUGCCCUGUGCAAAAGUAUCUCUACAUGGCGAUGUUCGUUCUCGUGCAGAUAUGGACCAUCUUCAUCCACGAUGGCGAUAUGAUAUCCGGCCACUGGCUUGAAAAAUACAUCAAUAGCCCGGCUCACCACACCCUCCAUCACCUCUACUUUACUGUCAACUACGGUCAGUAUUUCACCUGGGCCGACAACUACUUUGAUUCGCAUCGUACACCGUGCCCUGAGCUAGAUCCGCUCCAUGAUGCCCUGCGAGUCAUGCGCGAAAAGGGACUUGUGGACGAGAGUGGUAAUAUGAUUCCCAAGAAGAAGAAGAAGGAGUAG